AUGGCUUUAAUAACAAUUAUAAUUAUUAUAUUAGUUACAUUUUUUGCGAUAUAUUAUGUUCAAAUAAGAUAUACCCGUACUACACGUAUUUUGUCUUGUAUACCAGGGCCUCGAGGAUGGCCCGUUAUAGGAAAUUUUUUGACAAUUUUAAUUUCGCCAAAGGAUUUAUUCAUUUACUUAAGAAAACUGUACAAGAUUCAUGGAGGGAUUUACCAAAUACACGCCCCUAAUAUGCGAGCUGUUAAUAUAUUUGACCCCGCGGACGUAGAGGUAAUAUUAUCUUCGCAUCGUUUUAACGAUAAAGAUCUCCCUUAUAAAUUUAUGCAACCCUGGAUUGGUGACGGACUUCUAGUUAGUAAAGGCAAUAAAUGGCAUCAACGAAGGAAAAUGUUGACACGUGCAUUCCAUUUCAAUAUUUUGAAGAAAUACUCUCUUACGAUGAUUGAACAAGCAGAAGAGCUAUUGAUGAAAAUCCAGACUGAAGUUGGCGGCAACCAAACUGAUGUAGUACCCUUGAUUUCAAAAACUGCGCUUAACGUAGUGUGUGAAACAUCUAUGGGUACCUCAAUGAACGAAGACAAACAAUCUGUGUCAGAUAAAUAUUUUCAUGCUAUUCACACGAUCAGUCAAUUAUUAAUGCAACGAUUAGUAAGAGUUUAUUUAUACAUCGAUGCUAUAUUUGCUUGCUCUAAAAUUGGGAAAAUUCAAAAAAAGGUAGUUAAAGAUCUACAUGAAUUUACAAUGAAAAUAAUACAGGAGAGAAAAAGAUAUUUGACAAACAAUAAUGAUAUAACAAAUGCAGAUGGAGAUGAUGAAGUAAACGGUAAAAAAGGUAGAUUUUCAAUGCUAGAUUUACUUCUGGAAAAUGAAAAACAAGGAAUUAUAGAUGUUGAAGGCAUUAGGGAUGAAGUUGAUACCUUUAUGUUUGCGGGACAUGAUACAGUGGCAAUGGCGCUAUCUUUCAUGAUAAUGCGAAUUGCUAACGAGUCUGAAAUUCAGAAUUUUAUAUAUGAAGAAAUGCUGAGUAUAUUUGGUGAAUCUCAGAGACGUCCAAAUUUAGAGGAUCUCAGCAAAAUGAAAUAUUUAGAAUGCUGCAUCAAAGAAUCCCUAAGACUUUACCCCAGUGCUCCAAUCAUAUCUAGACAUAUUACAGAGGAAGUUGAGCUAAGUGGAUACAAAAUCCCUUCAGAUACCUUAUGUAACAUCCAUGUAUAUGACAUCCAUCACAAUGAAAAGCUGUAUCCCAAUCCUGAAAAGUUUAUUCCCGAGCGAUUUCUUUCUGAAAACAAUACGUUGAGGCACCCUUAUGCAUAUCUUCCCUUCAGUGCAGGACCAAGAAAUUGUAUAGGUCAUAAGUUUGCUAUGAUGGAAAUGAAGAUAAUUAUGUCAAGUUUACUAAGAAGAUUUCGUCUGGAGCCAGUAACAAAACCCGACGACAUCACCUUUACAUGCGAGCUCGUUCUACGAGCUACUCAUGCUUUAUUUGUCCGAUUUUUGGAAAGAAAAUAA